GGAAGAAUUCAGAAAAUUUUCCAUGCUAUAUGCAGCCGACUUCACACACUUAACAGAUUCUCUUCUAAAGCUGCUAAAUACUGAUGAGAGAAAUAUCUAACUAUGAUAACUCUUAUGAUUCUUGUUAAAACUAUAUGGCUGGUCACCCUCCCUAACCCCUUUGCUAAUGAGUGGUGGUCCUGCCCCCCUGGCUGGCAGGCCCACCCUUCUUCAGCAAGCUGCUGCCCAGGGAAAUGUCACUUUAUUAUCAAUGCUGCUUAAUGAAGAAGGACUGGACAUUAAUUACUCCUGUGAAGAUGGCCAUUCUGCCUUGUAUUCUGCUGCUAAGAAUGGACAUACAGACUGUGUGAGAUUGCUGCUGAAUGCAGAAGCCCAAGUCAAUGCUGCUGAUAAAAAUGGCUUCACACCCUUGUGUGCUGCAGCUGCUCAGGGACAUUUCAAGUGUGUAGAAUUAUUAAUUGCAUAUGAUGCCAACAUUAAUCAUGCUGCUGAUGAAGGACAGACACCUCUAUACCUGGCCUGUAAAAAUGGAAAUAAGGAGUGUAUUAAAUACCUACUGGAAGCCGGAACUGACCGAAGUGUGGAAACCAGAGAUGGCUGGACACCGGUUCAUGCAGCUGUGGACACUGGUAAUGUGGACAGCCUCAAGCUUCUCAUGUACCAUAGAACACCAGCUAGCGGGAACUCUUUGCAUGAGGAAGAACCCGAGUCCGGUGUCUUUGGCUUGGAUGAAGGAGAAGAGAGUCCUGAAGGCACACCCAAGCCUGUGGUUCCUGCAGACCUCGUUAACCACGCUGACAGAGAAGGCUGGACCGCUGCCCAUAUUGCUGCUUCGAAAGGUUUUAAGAACUGCCUGGAAAUCUUGUGUAAGCACGGAGGGCUUGAGCCAGAAAGGAGAGAUAAGUGCAAUAGGACCGCGCAUGAUGUCGCCACCGAUGACUGCAAGCAUCUGCUGGAGAACCUGAACGCUCUUAAAAUACCUUUAAGGAUUUCAGUGGGUGAGAUACCCCCAGGCACCUAUGGUUCAGAUGACUUUGAAUGUGAAAACACAAUAUGCGCUUUAAAUAUCCGCAAACAGACAUCAUGGGAUGAUUUUUCAAAAGCAGUGAGUCAAGCUCUGACAAAUCAUUUCCAAGCAAUCUCAUCUGAUGGAUGGCGGAGUCUGGAGGAUGUGACGUUUAAUAACACGACCGACUCCAGCAUUGGCCUCAGUACAAGCAGCGUGCGAUCCGUCAUGCUAGGAAAUGUGCCAUGGUCAGCAGGUCAGAGCUUUUCCCAGUCCCCGUGGGACUUUAUGAAGAAGAAUAAAGCCGAGCAAGUCACUGUGCUUUUAUCAGGUCCUCAAGAAGGCUGCCUCAGUAGUGUGACUUACGCGUCAAUGAUCCCUCUUCAGAUGCUACAGAACUACCUCAGGCUGGUCGAGCAAUACCAUAAUGUCAUUUUCCAUGGUCCAGAAGGAAGCUUGCAAGACUACAUAGCACAUCAGCUUGCACUCUGCAUGAAGCACAGACAAAUGGCUGCGGGAUUCACCUGUGAAAUAGUGAGAGCCGAAGUGGAUGCUGGUUUCUCCAAGGAACAGCUCGUAGACCUGUUCAUCAGUAGUGCUUGUCUGAUCCCAGUGAAACAGUCCCCUGUUAACAAGAAAGUCAUCGUCAUCUUAGAGAAUUUGGAAAAAUCUUCGUUGUCGGAGUUACUGGGAGACUUCCUGGCACCUCUGGAAAAUCGCAGCACUGAAAGCCCCUGGACCUUUCAAAAAGGAAAUGGAACGUCUGAAUGCUACUACUUUCAUGAAAACUGCUUUCUCAUGGGAACCAUUGCCAAGGCCUGUCUCCAGGGCUCUGACUUGCCGGUGCAGCAGCAUUUCCGCUGGGUUCAGCUGCGGUGGGACGGCGAGCCCAUGCAGGGACUGCUACAGAGGUUCCUACGAAGGAAAGUAGUGAAUAAGUUCAGGGGUCAGGUGCCCUCGGCCUGUGAUCCCGUGUGCAAGACCGUCGACUGGGCCCUGGCCGUCUGGCGCCAGCUGAACUCCUGCCUGGCCCGCCUGGGCACACCUGAAGCACUUCUUGGACCAAAGUAUUUCCUGUCUUGUCCUGUAGUCCCAGGACAUGCCCAAGCAACAGUGAAGUGGAUGGCUAAGCUGUGGAACGCCAUCAUCGCGCCCAGGGUUCAAGAAGCAAUAUUGUCAAGAGCCUCUGUGAAAAGACCUCCCGGCCUGGGGGUGACAGCUGCUAAGAGCCACCCCAGCCAAGGACAGCAGGCCGUGGUCAAAGCUGCGCUCAGCAUCUUGCUCAAUAAAGCCGUGCUGCACGGCUGUCCCCUGCAGACCCCAGAGCUGGACCAGCAUACAGCUGAUUUCAAAGGAGGAGGUUUCCCUUUAUCUAUAGUCUCAAGUUACAACAGUUGUAGCAGAAAGAAAGAGAGUGGUGCCUGGAGAAGAGUGAGCACCAGUCCUCGCAAGAAGUCCGGCCGCUACUCUCCACCCUCCUGGAAUAGGCCGGGCCUGAGCGAGGGAGGUAUCAAAAUUAAAGCUCUGUCUCAGCUGAAUUAUAACAGGAAUGCUUCUCUGUCGAAACAAAAGUCUCUCGAGAAUGAUCUGUCAUUGACCUUGAAUUUGGAACAAAGGCUCUCUCUGGGUUCGGACGACGAAGCCGACCUCGUCCAGGAGCUUCAGAGUAUGUGCUCCAGCAAAUCUGAAUCUGACAUAAGCAAGAUCGCUGACUCCAGGGAUGAUUUAAGGAGGUUUGAUAGUUCAGGAAACAGCCCUGCCUUUUCAGCAACUGUUAACCCAAGAAUGCCAGUGUCACCAAAGGAGCCCAGUCCUCUCAGCAGCCACCAAGCGGCCGAAUGCAGCAACAGGCAAUCCAAGACGGAGUUGGGUGUUUCGAGAGUUAAAUCUUUUCUUCCUGUUCCUAGAAGUAAAGCCACCCAGUGUUCCCCGAACACCAAAAGAAGCAGCAGCAGCAGUAAUACAAGGCAAACCGAAAUCAACAACAACUCAAAAGAAGAGAUUUGAAACUUCCACCAAAAAAACGAACAAGUCGCAAAACCAAACCAACAGGCCUGCCUACAACAGUCUCACGCUUACCUUGUGUAGAUUCCACACAGAAACCAAGGACAACAAGCUGUAAAUACCUUUAAACGAAGAAACUGUUCUCACUGUAACAUAAAGUAUGAGUGCGGGACCACUAUUCAACUUUUUUUGUAAAGAAUGUAUUUAUAACCGACAUUUUGUUGCCUUUUUUUUUUUUUUCCUUUCUUUCCAAUUCUGUAGGAUUGAACUUCAACAGCCAAGAAGUGAUGCCAACUUUUCAAGUAGUUUUAUAAUAGAAAUACUGUAAUAGUUUUAAUCCACACGUUCAGGGGUAUUAGAACGUCGGCGUACUGUACAUCUGUACAUGUGUAUAUAUGUAUAUUUAAGAAAGCCCACGAACCAUAUCCCCGUACACGUUGUCAAAUGUACAACAUUGGCUUUUAAAUAGAGACCAUGACUUCAUGUUCACUUGAAUGACUAGAAUGGGGCAAUAACCAAUCAUUUCUAAACAGUUACUUUCCAUUAAAAGCCAUAUUAAGUAUUUUGCCUGUUAAAUUCUAGUUUUACAUCUUAAAUCUCUUACUGGUUACAUUGCUGAUUGGUUGCAUCAUGUAUAUUUAUGCUUAUGAGUUUGCAUUAUGACUCCUGCAAAAUAUGAGAUUAUAUAAUGCAAUAAAAGUGUUAUCUUUCUUACAAAAAGUUUUGUACCUAAGUGGAUAUAACUGCAAAUGCUUCAAUAAAUUAAUUUAGAGCUAACUCCCUCUUCUAUUUAAUUCUAGCAGCACAACUGAUAAAAGUGGAUAAUAUUUUCUGGAAGUGUUUCUUCGAAAAUGACUAAUGAAAUUACAUAUGCAAAUUCAAAGUUAAAAUGCUUUGACGCCAAUAAAAUAUUGAAUUAGUGAAAUAA